AUGUUUGCAGGUGUAGGUACAGAAUGCUCGAGGCAACGAUUGAUUGAGAUCUGUGAGGAGCUUGUAAGCAACAGAACGAUUUACAAAAGACUCGAAGAUCUGUUUGAAGAGCUCAGGAAGUCGCCGGAGAUGGCUUUUGAUGUUUGGAGAUACGAUGCAAUGCCUAUCUUUCUUCUGCAGGAGGUGAUUGCACCGUACACAAUUAUCAACACAAACAAGUUUUCAGAGGAGAAUAGCUCAAGGCUGUGCAUGGUUUUGAACAUCCUGCAGAUACUUGUUGGCGACAUCCAAGUAAAGCAUGUGUUUGUAGAUGCAAGGUUUCCAUAUUACAUAUACAGAUAUCUUAUGAUAUCAGACAUUGAUUCGAGGCAUGAGGUUCUGAGGAUUUCAUCACUAGGAGUGAUUGCAUCUUUACUGAAGAACGGGGACCAUUAUGUGUACAAGCACUUGAAAAUGACAGAGAUUGUUCCUCUUCUUCUGAAGAUCAUUGACAUUGGGCCGGAAGAGUCGCAACUGCUUUCAGCAAAUGUGUUUACAGCAAUCAUAGGAAAUGAUGAUGGCCUGAGCUAUGCAUGCCAGACAUUUGACAGGUUUUCUGCAAUUAACAUGAUGUUCAACUCAUUGGCAUCGCAAUCUGUCGGGCUGAGGUCUGCUGAGCUACUAAAGGCAGUGCUGAGGGUGUACAUAAGACUCUGUGCAAAACCGCACAUCCGAACUCUUUUGAGUUCAAAAAGGCCUGACGGGCUGUUCUCUGCAGAGGCUGAGCGGUUUGUGUCAUCUGAUUCUGAAGCCAAAGGACUAUUCAGGAAGUUUGUUGAGCUGCUGGGGUGA